AUGAAAUUGAGUGCUGUUGUCGCCACGUUAUUGACUGUAAGCGCUACUCAAGCAGUAGCUGUGCAACAUUCUGAAGCCACGGUUACCGAAAUUCCCGAAAACCAACUUGAAAAGCGUUUCAAAGAUGUGAUUGUCGCUCCAGAAUACAAGAAACAACAAGAUCUCAAGGCCGGAAGCUCGGUGGCAUCACCCACGUUAAAGCCUUGGGCGAGAACCAUAUAUUCUACUAAAGUUGAGCUUGUGACUCCCACGGUAAUUGCCGGUGUCACGUUUAGUGCCAAACCCCCAACCACCACCGAUGGUCUAGAACCAUGGAUCUCAUUGAAGAAAGACGGCACACCGCAGACCAUCAAGCCAAAAAUGAAGAAUGGUGCAAUUGCAAAUCGGAGCCCAGACUACGGCACUUACUUCCAAACUGCCACCACAGUGCUAUACAACAAGGAAGAACUAAAGGCACACAAUAUGGCCGAUGACCAGAUCUAUGAGCAUGUCGAGUAUCUUCCUGAGGAUCUCACAUACCAACUGUUGAACCCUGUCUUGCGUUGUACACCUGAGGGUUACCGAAUGAGAGGACUGGCCAAGGAUCUGUCUCCUGAGCCAUUUUGUACCCCUCAGGAUAAUAACAAACUUUACUUAGACAAGACGUACUUUGUUACGUGGUACACUCGAUUCUUUGGAGAUGAAGUCACCUCAGUGAAACUCCAUUUAUCGUAUGUCAAGGAGUCGGCGAGACAGAAGGGAUUGAAGAGAGACACUGGCUUUGUAGAUUCCUUGGUUGAGAAGUCCUCUGACUUGAUGAGAAGCUGGAAACGUUCCAUUGUCAUAGAGAAGGGUGGACAGAUUGAAGAGAAGUCCUUCUUUGUUUCGGAGCCUAUUGCUAGAGAUGUUGGCUAUUUCCCAUUAACUGUGGAAGAUUCGUGGUUUGGAGUGAAGGACUACUACAGAAAAGUGAUGGUCUCCCUCCAACCAGACACUAUUCCAGAUGAAGAAUUCAAUCACAUGUCCAAAUACAUCAUCAUUGAGAUUGCCAAGGGUUCCAAGGUAGCCAAAGGACACCAGGAGGAUUUGAAGAAGAUCGACGAAAAGAACGCCAAAAUUGCCUCUGGUGAGUACGAAGUCAUCGAAGGUAUUGACUACGAGAAGUACUUGAUUAUCAUCUCGCUUCCUACGUGUGUUAUUUUGGCUACUUUUGCUAUGUGGAUUUUUGUUCGCAUCAACAAGAGAGAUACGGACUUGUCAUUCUUGAAGAAGGUGAAGUUUACCAAAAGAAAGAAGAACAAGCCAUAUAGUAGCGCGACAUCCACGGAGUUACCUCAGUGGGGCCCUAAAAGAGACUAA